AUGGCCUCCCUAGAAGCUGAUGGUGCAGAGCUGCGGGCAGCCCGCGCGGGUGAGGCCCCCGGGCGCCCCGGGGAAGCGGCGGCGGGGGGCAGCUCCGCCUACCCCCGGCCACAGAACCACCCGGAGGUGCUGCAAGUCCUCGGGGCGGUCCAGAUCCUGAAUGGAGCAGUAAUUCUGGCUCUGGGUGGCUUCAUGUAUUCCUUUCUUGUUUCGGGAAUUUUAUCUGUCUUAGCCGGGAAAAAAUCCACAAAAACACUGCUGGAGAGCAGCUUGGGAAUGCACACUGCCAGUGCCACCGUCGCAGUAGUGGGGAUUGUUUUUCUCGCAAUGAAUUUGUUUGCUAACGACCCAUUACUCAAGGGCUGUCAGUCUUCCCAGCCACCUGCCUUGUGCAUUUACAUGGAAGCCUCUUCAAACGGUCUCAUAUCACUGAUGCUGGUCCUCACCUUGCUGGAAUUGUGCAUAGCCUGCUCUGUCAUAGCCCUGUGGCUCAAAGCAAACUGCUGCCAUUUAAGAAAGGUGGGUUUGUUUAAAUGA